AAUUCAAUUCAUUUCAGCAAACUUAAAAAAAAAAUAUUACUACAAAAAAAUAUAUAUGGCUACAUAUCCAUCUGAUUCUGAUGACUAUACAGCCCCCAACACUAAGUUGUUUCGUCGCGAAAGGCCUCUUUAUGAAGCUCUUGGUGGAGGAAAAGUUGCAGAUAUAUUGUUAUGGAGAGAUAGGAGAGUUUCAGGUGCAAUUUUAAGUGCAGUUGCAGGGGUUUGGUAUCUUUUUGAGGUUGUUGAGUACAACUUUGUCACUCUCUUGUGUCACAUCUUGAUCACCACAAUGCUGCUGCUCUUCAUCUGGAGUACAGGGGCACAUGUGUUGGGAUGGUCUCCCCCAAAGAUCCCGGAAAUGGUGUUCCAAGAAUCAACAUUCAUUCAUUUUGCCUCAAUCUUGCACAAAAACCUCAACCACUUCUUGCCAAUGUUUUUUGAGAUUGCCUGUGGAUAUGAUGCAAAGCUCUUCCUUGUGGCCAUGCUUUCCCUGUGGAUACUCUCAUUGAUUGGAAGCUGUAUUAGCACAUUGAAUCUUCUGUUUUUGGGCAUAUUGUGUGUGGAAACUCUGCCAAUUUUCUAUGAGAAGUACGAGGAAGAAGUGGAGGAUUAUGCUGGAAAAAUGUACAGACAGAUGAGGAAAAUGUACAAGAGGAUUGACAAUGAAUAUUUACGCAAAAUUCCAAGAGGACCAGUUAAGGAGAAAGAGACAUAGAAUGAAACAAAUUAAUUAAUUUAAUGUGUUGAUUCAACCAGAAAAUUACAAUGUUUUCGUGUAACUGUACCGAUUUUAAAUUGUCAAAAAAAAAAAA